AUGCCGCCCUGCUUUCUCUCCAGGAUGCGAGUCUGUGCUAGGUCAGUGCUGCUGUCCCACUGGCUCUUCCUGGCCUACGUGUUAAUGGUGUGCUGCAAGCUGAUGUCCGCCUCAAGCCAGCACCUCCGGGGACAUGCAGGCCACCACCAAAUCAAGCAAGGGACCUGUGAGGUGGUCGCCGUGCACAGGUGCUGCAAUAAGAACCGCAUAGAAGAACGGUCACAAACGGUCAAGUGUUCUUGCUUCCCGGGACAGGUUGCUGGCACAACUCGGGCCCAGCCUUCUUGUGUUGAAGCUUCCAUCGUGAUUCAGAAGUGGUGGUGUCACAUGAAUCCUUGUUUGGAAGGAGAGGAUUGUAAAGUGUUGCCAGAUUACUCAGGUUGGUCCUGUAGCAGUGGCAAUAAAGUCAAAACUACAAAGAUUGAAUUCUGCCUUUUACCUGGGGUUCAGCAAAAUGAAUUGGGAACUUUAGUAAGACAGGUACAAUGGAAGAAAUACUCAAUAGGGAAUCUCACCUGCAUUCUGCCUAAAUCCUACCACGUCAGCAGCUACCGCUGUGGUAGCGACGGUGAAGGCAACAGCAAUGGUGAAGGUGACAUCAACAGCAGCUACACCGCCACAAAUGACACUUGUUUCUACUACAAGAACAGCCACUACCACUACACACUUCCCUGCAACUGCUAUUGCUACACAAUCACAACUAUCAUUGCUAGUGCACAACCACAAUAG